AUGUCGCAAGAAUCGCCCGCCAAUCGGCCAUUCCGAAUUGGCACCCGCCGAUCAAAGCUCGCUGUCGUACAAGCCGAAGGCAUCCGCGACGCCUUGCAGAAGCUCGCCCCGCACCGAACGUUCGAAAUCGAAGCGCUCCGCACGCUCGGCGACAAGGACAAGUCGACGGCACUCUACAGCUUCGGAGCGAAGAAUCUAUGGACAACUGAGCUCGAGGAGAAGCUCACAUCCCGCGAAAUCGAUGUCGUCGUCCACUGCCUCAAAGACAUGCCAACCAGGCUCCCGGACACCUGCGACAUCGCCGCUAUCCCCCUCCGUGAUGACCCGCGCGAUGCCCUCGUCGUGAAAUCCGGCCUGCCCUACACGAGUCUCCAAAGCCUCCCCGAAGGCGCCGUCGUGGGCACAUCCUCCGUCCGCCGCUCCGCGCAGCUCCGCAACCUCUACCCACACCUCCGCUUCGCGAACCUCCGCGGGAACGUCGAGACACGAUUAGCCAAGAUCGAUGACCCCAAUAGCGAGUAUACAUGUAUGGUCAUGUCGGCUUGUGGGAUGGAGCGGAUCGGAUUGCAGGGCCGGAUCACGCAGUAUAUGGGAUCGAAGGAUGGAGGGAUUCUACAUGCUGUUGGACAAGGCGCGCUUGGACUCGAGAUCCGGAAGGACGAUCAGGAGACGAGGGAAUUUAUUAAUCGGCUUGGUGAUCGGGGUUCUACGCUUGCGUGCCUUGCUGAGCGCGCUCUUAUGCGGGCGCUUGAUGGCGGAUGCAGUGUUCCAAUUGGCGUGGAGACAGAAUGGGUUGGGACGGACCUAUUGCAGAUUACAGGAAUCGUCGUAAGUCUUGAUGGAACACACACCGCGCACAGUGAGCUACGAAAAGAGGUCAAAACGGAGGAGGAUGCCGUGUCUCUUGGGACAACACUAGCCGAGAAACUGGUGGAGGCUGGGGCGGAUAAGAUUUUGGAUGAGAUCAACGCGACCCGGCCGCCGAAGGAGUAG